AGCCUUGUUUUCCUUUUCCGGAGUUUCCACUGGAGUUUAGUGUGCUUACAUGGAUUAACUCAAGCAAUUCUGAUGACUGGUCUCCUUUCAAAAAAGUGUAAUUCCUCUUUAUUGCAAAUUUGAAUGCAGUGCGCAGUCACUCACAAACCCUUUGGCAGGAGGAUGAGGAAAUGUAAUGAGACGAUGGAGAACAAUAUGCAAGUAGUAGGUAAAGAGCCGCAUGUUUCUAACUAUGAACCACCCAGUGAAGCAUUGCUCUUGUCCUAUGUCGAAACUGGGGUCUGACAGGGAAAUGAAGAGUUUCUUCCUGAGUGACACUGAGUUGUGGCGUUCAAUGCGGCUCGUCACUCGGAAAACAUGAACUGAACUGCAUCAAACUCGGAAAUUAGAGCUCCAAUGCGAGUGAUAACCCGCCGAUAUCGCCUCGAAACGUGUCCUGAUAGGGUCUUACCGCGUCACAGUCGCAAAAACGGGAACCACACAUGUUGCACAGUGGGAGUUAAUUUAUUGUUCACACUUGACAUGAGAAAAAACGACGGGGCACCUAUCUAUGGUGAGUCAUUUGAGCUACUCGAAUUUAAAAUCUUUGCGGUUUCCACCCACGCCUCUGUUUUAUUCAGAUCAUUGUAACUUGUGAUUUAUAUAUCAAAGAGAGGCGGACAAGACCUGCCCCUCCACAGCCGUCUCUGCUGCGGUCGCUCACCGCAUGGCUGAACUACUGGCGGCUGUUUAUUGUGGUAGCUCACACUGCACUACUGGCAACUGGCCCUAAUGUGAGUAGGCCCUGAGUAGCCUCUUAGGAGCAGGUCGUUUUGUGGCAUAGCUGACAUUCCUGUGGCUGGCUGUCAUUUCUAGGUGGGACUUGUUUGCAGAACCUGUUUCACUUUCAGUUGCAAAACAUGGUGACAAGAGGAGGAGACGCACUAAACUCUGACAUUUUUGCCCAAGCAGCAUAUGACAAGAUCAAGAAGAGGGAGCAGUGAUGGUGGCAGCAGCAGAAGUACAUGUUGGACAACCCUGAGGAUGGAAGCUGGCAGUCAGGAAGCAUGUCAGCCCAGGAGCUGGUGUUGAGACAGCGAACGGAGAUACUACAUGCCCUGUGCAGCAGUAGGUCAUCUGAAAUUUUGGAGAGGGUGCUGGACAUGUUGCUGGCACGUGGGACUCUUGUCUGGGAGGACUACCAGAACAUACAGAUAUCAGGUACGGCUCUGGGUACCAGUGCCCGCCAGCUGCUCGACCUGGUGUACACUAAAGGUGUGGAAGCCUGUGGGUUCCUCCUAGCUGUCCUUAACCAUGUCCUAUCAGAGGCACAGAAAGCUGGCCUCUCCUUUGGAGCGUAUUCUUCAGAUCCGGAGUUAACUGAGGCGCCUUGUGGCGCAUCAGCAACCCAGACCCUCCUGACUGAAAGACCAGGUCUGGUCAGCAAACUGCGGGGCUGCAUUGAUGGUGCUCUACAUGUGCUGGUUGAAUCAGGAAGUUUCACCUCAACGGAUUGUGAUGAAGUGCAGCUACCUAUAUUCACACCAUCUCAGCAGGCAAGGCAUUUGCUUGACCAUGUCAGAUCAAAAGGGGAGGCUGCUGCAAGGGUCCUGCUGCAAUAUAUUCUGCAAAAUCAGGAGCAUGCAUCCCAUCUAAACCAAGAGACAUGGACUCCAACUGAAGACUGCUUUAAAUAUAAAAAGAAGCUCAGCAGUUCUGUGGCUGUCCAGUCGUGUUUUCUCAGUACGUACGGUGGGACUAGCAACAUGACUCUGGAUGACAUCUACACUGAGAGCCAGCUGGAACUAGCUCAUGACUGCGCUGAUGUCCUUGGAUCUUUGAGUCUGGAGGACUUAGUUGGUAUUGUGGGCACACUGAACGAGGACGCUGACACAGUGCUGGUGUCUGGGGAGGCAGGUUGUGGGAAGAGCACCCUACUCCAGAGGCUGCACCUGCUUUGGGCUCAGGGAGCAGCUCUCCAAGACUUCUUCCUUCUUUUUCCAUUCAGUUGUCGCAGGUUGAACUCUGAGCACAGAGAGCUGUCAGUCCAAGAGUUGCUGUUUCAUCACUGCUGCUGGCCAGACAGAGAGCAGGACCAGAUUUUCCAGUUCAUCUUGGACCACCCACAUCUCAUCCUAUUUACUUUUGAUGGCCUGGAUGAACUCAAGCAGAACUUCUCAGAUGAACACAGACACUGCUGCCCCACCCAACGUGCACCUGUUCCCAUACUACUGUUCAACUUACUUCAGGGUUCCUUAAUGAAAGGGGUGCGGAAAGUGGUAACUAGUCGUCCAGAAGCGGUGGGCCCAGCAUUGAAGAAAUACCUUCGCAAAGAGGUCCACCUAAAAGGAUUUUCCCCAAGUGGGAUUGAUUGUUUUGUAAGGAAGCAUCACAGUGACCCUGCUGUGGCUGCUAGGGUUUUAGAGUCCUUACAGACCAAUACAGCUUUACUGGGAUUAUGCCAUACUCCAGUCCUCUGUUGGAUUGUCUCACAGUGCCAUAAGGAGCUUCUUGGCUGUGGAGAAGGAAGCCCACAAACCAUAACAGAUGUUUACUUAAUGAUCUUACAGCACUUUUUCCAGCACCAAAACCCUCAGAAGACGCUGAGGAUAGGUUGGAUGCAGGAGCACCUUAACACAGCCUUGCAUCUGGGACUGCUUGCCUUCAAAGGGAUAGGAAACUCCUGUUACAUCUUCUCAGAUACAGACCUGCAGACAUGUGGUGUCACUGAAGAGGAUAUCUGCAUGGGCUUUCUCAUACACAGCAAAGAUAUCUCUUCCAACUCAUGUAAACGUCUUGAAUUCCUACAUGUGACCAUGCAGUGCUUCUUUGCAGCUUUGUACAUUGUUUUGAACAGUGCCAUGGACCGUUCAGCCAUCGCUAAGCUCUUUGGGCUGCAGGGAAUGAGCCAGACGGGCAUGAGCAGUACAUGUUUUAUGGCCUGCUUACCCUCCACUGUCCAACCAGAGCUGGCUCUAGAGGGUGAAGCAAUAGCAGUGGAAACAGCCAAUCUACAAAUCACAGCCACGUUUGUGUCUGGACUCCUGUCCCAGCGUUAUCGAGGCCUUCUGCUCCACUGCUGCUCCAGUUCCACCAUAGACAGGAAGAUCAGACAGGUGGCGAGGUGCCUGUCCAAACGAAUGCAGAAGCACUUCAAGUCUAUUUCUCAGCCUGUGGAAGGGGAGAAGAAGAGCAUGCAUGCUAUGCCAGCCUUUGUCUGGCUUAUCAAAUGCAUCUAUGAGAUGCAGGAGAGCAGGCUUGCUCAAGACAUAAUGAGUAAGCUAGAUGUACAGCACUUGAAACUGACCUACUGCAACAUUGGCCCUGUGGAGUGCACUGCACUGGCCUAUGUGCUCCAGCAUCUAAAGAGCCCCGUAGGUCUCCAGCUGGAUUACAAUUCUGUAGGUGAUGUUGGGGUGGAGCAGCUUCUUCCCUGCAUGCAUGUUUGUAAUUCCUUGUACCUCAGAAAUAAUAACAUAUCAGAUGAAGGAAUCUGCAAACUAAUUGCUAAGGUGAUCCACUGUGACAACUUCCAGAAGAUUGCGCUCUUCAACAACAAGCUGACCGAUGCUUGCACGCAGCACUUUUCUCGUCUUUUGAAAACCAAGCAGAAUUUCCUUGCGCUGAGGCUAGGCAACAAUAAUAUAACAGCAGAGGGGGCAAAGCAACUGGCAGAGGGGCUGCAAUGCAACCAGUCACUGCAGUACUUAGGGCUUUGGGGGAACAAGAUAGGUGAUACAGGUGCAGAGGCCCUUGCCCGUGCCCUAAUGGGUAACAAAAGUCUGUUGUGGCUUAGCCUGGUAGAGAAUGGUGUUGGGAAUGCAGGAGCUUGUGCCCUUGCUGACAUUGUCAAGAACAGUACCACACUGGAGGAGCUUUGCUUAACAAAGAACUACAUAACCAGAACAGGUGUGGAGUGUCUGAUUCAGGCCUUGAAACACAACACUCAUGUGAAGUCAGUAUGGUUGAAAAGUAAUGAGCUCAGUGUGGAGGAGGUAGAAGAGAUGACACAACGUGAAUCUCGACUGAUCUUCUAAGCCUGGCCAAAGUGGAGGACGAAAGAUUUUGAUGCUUUUGUUUAGAUGUAAUUUAUUAGAAAUGCCGUAUGAAAGUGGGGACUCAACAUUUUUAUUUUUUAUUAACAUUUUAUUGUAUUGUAUUGUAUUUUACUUUUCAUUCUAUUUUUUAUUUAAUAUUUUGAAUUACGGACAUUGUUGUGUGUUUUGUUUUAUGUCUGUCUUUAUAAAGUAAUUUCCUUUUAUUAAAAACAAGAAGACAAGGAGACAAUAAAGUAACUUGAAAAGGGUGCAUA